AGCAAUGGUUAGAAAUGAGGAAAGCAAUUGACAAAUAGCCUUAUCUUUUACUUUUGGAUGAGGCCUUGUGUUUGAGGUAAUGCCAAGUGAGGCAAAGGAGCAAAAAAUAGUUGCAUUUUUCACAUUUUAUAAUAAGCUCUAAACUGAGAGUACAAGUGUUGGCACGAAUUCCUGUGAAAUUCGAUAUAAUUGUGCAAAAGUGACGUUCCUUUCAAUGUUCAUAAUCAUAGACUAAAUUUUGGGCCAAAGUUUAUGCGCCAUCAAUGCCAUCAAUGAUUCCUACGAGUGAGAGCCCUACCGGUGCUGUCGAGCAUUUGCUAUCAGAUACCACAGACUGGACAACAAUGCUUCUCAUAUUUUGGGUGUUUGUGGCACUUGUUGUCUACUGUGUCGGCAAUAUUCUUGUAGUUGUUCUCAACAAAAGACGACAAAGUUUUGCCAAAAUUAGUAAUGAAAUUAAAUAUAAGGAUAUUGUUAACGAAGAUAUCAACAAACAAACGGUUGAUUUGCAGCAAAAUGUCAAACCAUUGCAACUGAAUAAAGCUGAGGGACCGGACAGGUAUUGUGUCGAUUGGAUUAACAAAAUAAUUGAAUGGUUUUCAAUGCAAAAUGAGACGAUUCUUGAGUCGAUUUUUAAUGUUUGGAUCACUUCUUUAAAUAAUAAAUGCAAAAAAAUUUCAAAUGAUAGCGGAAUCUCAAUUGAAUUUUGUGGGAUAUGUCGGGACAYAAAUUCAUCACCAGAAGUGACAAACAUUGUUGUCGAUAAAGAGUCCAACGAUAAUAUUGCCGUUAACUGUAAAAUCUCAACGAAAGGCAUUAAGUUUUUGGUGAAAGUGUUUCGCGAUAAUGAAGAGCUCAUGCAAUAUGAACUUCAAAUGAAUAGAUUUGAAGGAAUGGUAAAGAUUGUUUGCAUUAGCGAAGAGUUACUUUUUGUCAUCAGAUUUGCUGAAAGACCUGAUUUUAAGGCGAGUCUCAAACCAAUAAAAGUUUUGCAAAGUCAACAACAGAAUCGCAUUUCUGAAGAUUUGAUAAUAAACUCAAUAUUGAACUCAAUUUCGACGACAGUUGUCGAUCUGUGUCUGUCCUCAUAUCAUGGCUUUCCUCAGUUUAGAAGAGAAGAAAGUCUUUCAAAAACCACUUUUGUUAACUUUGAGUGCAAACCUAAAUCAGUUGAACGAAAAUUGUUUGUUAAAGUAGUUAAAGCAAACAGUUUGGCCAAUAAUAAAGGUAUUUACGAUCCGUAUUGUGUUAUAGAAGUGGAUGAGCCCUCACAACAGGCACAGACAUCAACCAUAAAGAACACGUCUAAUCCCGUUUGGAACGAACACUUCAUUUUUAAUUUGAAAGAAGAAUCCACUGAAAUAUUAUUUGAAUUAUAUGACAAAACAAAUGAUAAGUUUCUCGGUUUGGGAAUCGUUAGCGUAAAUGAAUUGAAACGAAAUCCCAGUCAAAAUCAAGUGCUUAAACUAGAGGCCAGACCUUUGGAGUCGGAUAUCAUAUCGGGAACACUUGCCGUUGAAUUUUUAUUCAUUGAACACAAUAGCGAUACAUCUGAUUCAGAGUCGGGAUCACCUAAAUAUACCACUGUUUCAACUGAUAUAACAAAUUUACUUAAACCUAAUGGAAAUGCUGUAAAACAUAAAAAUAAUAAAGAUGUGCCAAUGAUUUUAAAUAGUGUUGAUUUGGAGACUAACUGUGACUCUGACGCCAAUUGUAUUAAAUCGGAUGUAAUUGAAGAACAAAAUAAUAAUUGCUUGACUGAAACGCCAACUAUGAGUUUACAACUUUGUGAUCCAUUACAAGACAACAGUUCCAACAAAAAUCCGUUUAUUGAAAGUAAAACUAAUGAUUUCGUCAAUUAUUUCAAUCAAUUGCAUGUGAUUAACAAAAAUCCAUUUCUUAAUGACAAACAAAUCAAUAGUAUUGAGAGAUCUGUUUCAUGUAAUGACAUACCAAUUGUUAUACCAGUUAUACCUCCGCUUAUCACUCGCUCACAAAUAUCUACAUAUCAGACACAACAAGAAAGUCAUGUCACGGAAAUGCCAUUACAACCAGACUUUAAAGGAAAUCCUUUUGACAUUUUAAAUGUUUACCGAAAAAACUUUUAUACGGUUCCCACUUAUAGUAUUCCUUCACAUUUAAAUCAUUUAGCAAAUAAUACCCGAGAAUCGCCACUUAAAGCCAUUUCAUUAUCUAAACCAAUACUUAUUUCUCAAAAUAAACAAAAGGAGAUAGAAAUAGAAAAAUUAGCAAAUAAUGGUCUUAACUAUACAAAUGCUAAUAUAGUCUCAAAACCAAACCGUUAUUUAUUAAAAUCAGUUUCAUCUAUAGAUUCAAUGCUAGGAAUAGAAAGUGAAGACUCUAAUAAUGAAGACAAUAACAACAGUGAUGUCACUCUCACUGAUAAUACACAACAAUAUAACUCAAACAUUAUUAUUGAUAAUCAAAUAGUUUUCAAUGACACUAUCAAUAGAAAUCAUAGUUAUAGGAAAAAUGUUAAAAAUAAAAGUAAUCACAAAUUAUUGCCGAAAAUUUUUAUUAAUGCUAACAGACAUUCAUUUAAGCAAAACAAACGAAGAGAUAGUAAAUUACAAAAUAAUUUAAUUAAUGACUUAAAUAAUGACAUAAUUGUUAAAAAUAAUAUGAAUGGUGAUGGCCUGGAUAACUUGCAUGAUUUGCAUGUUUUUAAUAAAACAAUCGUUAAUCAAAAUGAUAUCGAGUUUGGAUUAAUUGAAAGUUAUGCGGAUAAUAAUAGCACAAACAAAAACAAUCAAACAAUUCAUAGCACUUUAAAAAUCCCAGAAAAGGGUAGCAGUGAAGGCUAUGGCACCGGAAGGGGAAGUCCUGAUAAUCCGUCCAUUAAUGUAGAAAGUGGUGUAUCAUCGAGUAAUUCGACGAUUGAUACCAAAACGAGUCGAUCGCGAUCUAAGGAACCGCGAAAUAUCAUUAAAAAGAUUAGAAAAAGGUUUAGCUUUAAUAAGAAUAGAUCCAAAUCUAUGGAAAUCAGAACUAAUAAGGAAAAGGAGACAACCAGUCGUGACAGCUCUGUUAGCUCCACCUCAAGUAGAGCCCAUUCAAUGCCCGGUUCCCGUGAACCGUCCGCACCUAAAGACAUCCAAAAUGCACUUUUGGCUAAACAAGAAAUAAAUAAAACCAAUAGUUAUGGCAAUAUUAGUGAAAUAAGCGGUUACUCUACCCGUACUUUCGUUCACGAAAAGUCUGCACUAAUUGUUGAAUCAAAUGAAAUGGGAAAUCUUAAACACUAUGCUAUUCCCAUAUCUUUGGCCCAUAAAAACAAAUGGCGAAAAAAAGGCACAAAACUACAUCUAUAUAAUGAUCAUCUAUUUGUGGCCAAACAUUUAUCCGGAUCAAUUACGUGUGAAGUUUGUGGAAAACUAUUCUCACGAAGACCAGGAAAACAAGGCUAUCAGUGCAGAGACUGUGACUUCAUGUGUCAUAAGAGAUGUCAUAUUCAAGUUGACAAUAGAUGUACUAAAAGCAGCAUUUCUUCAUUAAAACUCGAGUACAUAACCGAUCCAAAGGCUAAAUCAUUGGAAAUAAACAACAAAAAAGAAGUUAAUGACAAACCAUUUGUUGAAAGUUGAUAUMAAUUA